AUGCUUGUAAGAUAUCAGUAUUAUCCGGGCUCCAUGAAUCGUUCUGCUAAAUUAAUUCGGGACACUUGUGAACUACCGAUGAAGAUUAUACUUCAACUAAUUUCCUGGAGCAAAAAUCGUUCGAAAACGGCGAAUAAGAAUCUUAGUUCCAUUGAAAAGAUGCCAAAUGAAUUAUUAGUAAAAAUUUUCCAAUACUGCGAUGAUACUGAUUUUGCAAAUCUACGCUUGCAGUGUACUCGGUUCGAUCAGUUAAUAACGACGUGCGGCAUUUUGCUAGCAAAACGCUACCAUCAUCGUUUGGUGACGUGUUUGACGAUAACUUAUAAUACAAGUAAUGAUACAUUUGUACUGGCAACAUUCAAGAAAAGUCACUCAAAUAAGAAAAAUUCAACUGAAAUCCCUCGCGCAGAUGUUUUACGUGGAUGUUAUCAUAAUUUCAGGUAUUGCUUUCGUCGAUUCCGUGUUCUAGGCUUGCAAUUCUCCAAUAUUUUUCUCUGUUCACAUACGUUACGUUACUUCUGUGACUUACUGUCCUGCUGUUCGGCUUUAGAGCCCAAAACACUUCGGUUGUGCGACUGUUAUGUAGCUGACCUACAACAUGACGCGUUAAUGCGUUUGAUGAAUUUAUGCUCCAAAUAUCUUAUCGUCUUAUCUUUUAUAAAUUUGGCCGGUGUUCGACCAUCAUUAUUCCAAGAUGAUCUAUUUCAAACAAUCAACCAGAAAACAUUAUAUGUCUUAAUGAUCCAAUCGAUCGAUUUUCACAUAUCGGUACCAAUCAUCGAACAACAACUUGCUCUCAGUGAUUCCAUCUUUCUUUGUUUGCCAACUACUAUGCGCAAAAUUAAACUUGAAAAAUGUCGAAAUAUUACCGCUGAAGGCAUUUGUGAUUAUGUUGAGCGUUACUUCAACAGUAAUGAGUAUACUAUUAAAGCUCAUCAUCGUUCAACGGAAAUGGUUUUCCGGCAGUGCAGACAGCUAACAACUGCAAGAUUUGAGAAAGUUGCUCAACUUCGACAUAUCUGUAUCGAUGGACAGGAUCCGGAUGAUGAAUAUAUCAUGAAUUGGGUUAAACGAAGACAGUACCAUUUGCGGCACACCAAUCACAAAAAAUUAAUGGCUAUCGAAAUUGACAAUCAUCAACUUACCACACGAAGUGGACUUUCAUCACCAACAACAAUCGAAGAAUUAACCCGGAAUUCGAUACAUUCCGUACCAUUCCUUAGCAUUUGUCACUUACAUUCAUCUGCUGCUGAACAAGUUCCAACAGCAGCCAUAAAUCCUGCUCGAAUGGCCCGGAAAUGGAACCGUGAAGAGGAUCGUAUUGUGGUAAGAACGGAUAGGCGACAUCCAAAAGCACUGGAAGAAUCGUCCGUUUUUCUGCAGUCAGUUAUUAAAACAGCUAGUGUUAUUCGCAGAAUAAAUUAUACAAACCACAUUUCUAACCGUUUUUCAUUUCCACGAUGA